AGAGAAAGAGAGAGAGAGAGAGCUUUCUUUAGCUUCUUAUAGAAACUAUUCUUCAGAAUGUUAACUUCAUCACUACGACAUGGAUAUAUUUCAACGUCAUUUCUAUAAGCUCAAUAAUCAAUUAUUAUCCUUAGUAGGUUUAUGGCCUUAUCAGGAUAAAAGAUCUCGUUUAUCUCGUUUAUACUUUUUGAACAUUGCAUUGGUGUCUUUUAACAUGACACAGAUAUUUCAAUUGUACACUUCUAAAGGAGACUUUAAUAUCAUUAUUGAAAUAGUCCCGACUAUGGCAACGAUGAUAAACAUGGCGAUCAAGUAUUAUACUUAUUACAUCGGUAUGUUCAAUAUAAGAAAACUUUUGGAUAAAAUGAUCAUCGAUUGGAAAAUGUGGAAUACAAAGGAAGAAAUAGAAAUAAUUAAAAGAUAUGCCGAGGAAGGUCGUCUCUAUACUUUGGCAUAUACCAUAUACAUAUAUAUUAGUACGAUAUUGUUUUUAUCAAUAUCGUUUCUACCUCUUUUUCUGGACAUAAUUUUGCCUUUGAACGAAUCACGGCCUUUACAACCGAUUGUUUUAGGCGAAUAUUUUAUCGAUCAAUCUAAACAUUUUUAUUUUAUUUUCUGUCACAUGGCUUUAACAAUUCUACUCGCUAUGACGAUUGUAAUAGCAACCGAUACUCAGUUCUUCGUUUUCACUUCUCACGUCUGCGGAGUGUUUUCAGUCGUAGGGUUUCGUUUCGAACGAUUAAUGAAAAGUGAUACUACUACGAAUAAAUAUUUUAAUUAUCCAGAAUCAUUCAAAUACGUUGCAUGUUCCAUCAAAGGCCACAGCAGAGCUAUAGAGUUUGCGAAUCUCAUCGAAUCAUCUUUCUCAACCCCUUUGCUUAUACAAUGUGGAAUAAACGUAGCAUGCUUGAGCGUUUCCUUAUAUCGAAUGACAAUGUUGUUAGACAUGUCCACAGAAACAUUCAAAUAUGGUGCCUUUUUAGCUGCACAAUUAUUUCAUAUAUUUUGCAUUUGUUAUUCCGGACAAAGGAUAAUUGAUCAUAGUAGUGAAACCUUUUUAAAAGCAUACAAUGGUCUAUGGUACGAGGCACCGAUAGAGAUAAGAAAAUUAUUACUCUUGGUAAUAAAACGAGGCAUGAAACCUUCCAAAUUGACUGGUGGGAAAGUAUUUGUCUUUUGUCUGAAAGGUUUUUCAACGAUCGUUCAUACUUCUACCUCAUACUUCAUGGUAUUAUCUUCGGUAGCAGUGUUGUAUGAUCAGUCGAUAGAAGUAAUUAAAUUUAUUGCCAUUGUCUGUGCUGAGUUAUUUCAUUUACUAUUUGCCAGUUUAGCUGGACAAAAUGUAAUAGAUUGCAGCAGCGAAGUUUAUUUUAAAGCUUAUAGUGGCCUCUGGUAUGAGGCCCCUAUAGAAGUACGUAAAUUGCUUAUAUUGAUAAUGAGAAGGAGCUUUAAAUCUUCUCAAUUAUCCGCUGGAAAAAUGUUCGUCUAUUGUCUGGAUGGUUUCGCAAUGAGUCUACCUGAAUAUUUUAUGCGGGAGAAACUACCCUUUGACUUCUUCGAGAAUAUCGUUCAGUCUCCCUUGCGUUCUCUUAACGACAUGGAUAUCUUCAAGAAUCGUUUCUAUAAAAUUAAUUAUCGUCUCUUAUGCUUCCUUGGUUUGUGGCCAUAUGAAAAAUCUCGUUUAAGCCGUGUUUGCCUGAUGAAUAUACCGAUGCUAUCGUUCAACUUAACACAAAUUCUUAAACUCUAUACUUCUAAAGGAAACUUUGAUAUCAUGAAAGAAGUUAUACCAGUUUGGGUUGCAUCGUCAAUUGUCAUUAUUAAGUAUUAUCUAUUUGAUUUCAGUGUACUCGAUAUUAAAUUGCUUAUGGAUAAUAUGAUAGUGGAUUGGAAUAUGUGGAAGUCCAAGGAAGAGAUUGACAUUAUGAAGAAGUUUGCCCAUUCCGCAAAAAUGUAUACUUUAGGAUACACAAUAUACAUAUAUAGUUUCAUGUCAUUAUUUCUAUUGGUAACAUUCUUACCACCCUUAAUGGAUGUGAUCAUACCUUUAAACGAGAGUCGUCAUAUGAAAUUGCCUACUCCGGCCGAAUACUUCCUUGACGAAGAAAAACAUUUCUAUUUGAUCUAUUGUCAUAUGACCAUUUCAAUAAUAAUCAAUAUAACGACUUUCAUUGCCACUGAUACUCAACUAAUGGUCUUCUGUUGUCACGUUAGUGGUGUAUUUUCCGUAAUAGGUUUUCGUUUGGAAAACUUCCUGAAGGACAACAUGGUUCAGGAUGGAUUAUCUGAUCUUCAAAAAAAAGAAUGUUACAACCAUGUUUCUCUUUCAAUCGAAGGACAUAAGAGAGCUUUAGAGUUCGUCAAACGUAUGGAAUCUUUGUUUUCGUAUUCUUUGCUGAUACAAUGUGGUUUGAACGUUCUUUGUAUGAGCUUCUGUCUUUAUCAAAUAAAUAUAUUGUAUGAUCAAUCAUCAGAAGCAAUUAAAUAUAUUGCAUUAGUAGUUGGCGAGUUACUCCAUUUACUAUUUGCCAGUUUGGCCGGACAAAGUGUAAUAGAUUCCAGCAGCGAAGUUUAUUUUAAAGCUUAUAGUGGCCUCUGGUAUGAAGCACCUAUAGAAGUACGAAAAUUAUUAAUAGUGAUUAUGAAAAGAAGUCUUGAACCUGCUUGUGUGUCAGCCGGAAAAAUAUAUAUCUACUGUCUGGAUGGUUUUUCAACUGUACUUAAACUGUGUACUUCUGAAGGAAAUUUCGAUAUCAUGAAAGAAGUUAUACCUGUUUGGGUUACAUCAUUAAAUGUCGUCAUUAAAUAUUAUACUUUUGAUCUCAGUAUACUUGAUAUUAAAUUGCUUAUGGACAAUAUGAUGAUGGAUUGGAGUAUGUUGAAGUCCAAGGAAGAGAUUGAGAUUAUGAAGAAGUUCGCUCGUUUGGGAAGAUUGUAUACUUUAGGAUAUACAAUAUACAUAUACAUUUUCAUGUCAUUAUUUCUAUUGGUGACAUUUAUACCACCCUUAAUGGAUAUAAUUAUACCUUUAAACGAGAGUCGUCAUAUGGAAUUACCUGUUCUCGGCGAAUACUUCCUUGACGAAGAAAAACAUUUUUAUUUAAUUUAUUGUCACAUGGCUGUUACAAUAACAAUUAGUAUAACAAUUUUAAUUGCAACUGAUACUCAACUAAUGGUCUUUUGUUGUCAUGUUAGUGGUGCAUUUGCGGUCGUAGGGUUUCGUUUGGAACACUUUUUGAGAAAUGACAUAACUCUGGACGAAUUGUCUGAACUGCAAAGAAGAGAAUGUUACAAACACGUUUCACUAUCUAUUAAUGGACACAAGAGAGCUUUAGAAUUCGUCAAACGCAUGGAAUCAUUGUUUUCGUAUUCUUUGCUAAUGCAAUGUGGUUUGAACAUUGUUUGUAUGAGUAUUUGUCUGUAUCAAAUAAUAAAGUUGUAUGACAACUCGGUAGAAACAAUUAAAUUCAUUGCAUUUUUCAUUGGCGAGUUGAUCCAUUUAUUUGUUACCAGUUUAUCAGGACAAACUAUAAUAGAUCACAGUAGUGACGUUUAUUUUAAAGCUUAUAGUGGCCUUUGGUACGAGGCGCCUAUAGAAGUACGUAAAUUAUUGAUAUUGAUAAUGAGGAGAAGCUUUGAACCUUCUCGAUUAACCGCUGGAGACAUAUUUAUCUACUGUCUGGAUGGUUUUGCAACGGUAAGUUAAAUUAAUAUUUAUAGAUGUAUACAUCCAUUUAAUUUUUCUAAUUGAACUCAAAAUUACUUCAAGAUCGUGCAAACUUCUACCUCAUACUUCAUGGUACUUUUAUCGGUCCAAUAAUUAACCAUUGAUAUUUGUAAGUUAUUUGUUAUUUAAAUGUAGAAGCAAUUUCAAAUUAUUCAAUUGCCAUUCAUGAU